UCUCUUCUCUUCUCUUCUUUAUUUACAACACGUUAUCAGCACGAGACUCUAAACCCUAGCUAAAAUCCAGCGACCACAAAAAACCUUAAUUUCAGCCGCAACUUUAAACCGUCAUAUCUCCCUAACCGUAAGGAUCCAGACGGCGAGUAAUAUAUCAAAUUGAAGCUCUUGACGAGACGAAUCCAGCGCCGCAGACCACGCAUCAAUCCGACUCCAGACGCGCCGUCACCUCCCAGUGCAAGCCGCGCCGUCAAAGAUCAUCCAAAACCAUAAUAGCCGCCAACUCCUUAUCUCUCUUAAUUUCGAUUUCUAUUGUUCUUAGAUCUCAUACUAAUCCAACUUUGAAACUUUCAUUGUUGAUUAUUUAAGGUUUCUAAAAGAGGAACCAAGGAGAAAAGAUCGGCAAAGAUUAAGAUGUCGAGACUCCAUCACUCGGAUUACCCAGCCCUUGAUCUCAAUGGAGACAAUUACCUUGAUUGGGCGAUGAACACUUCAGCCGAUUUAAAGUCUAAAGGACUUGGGAAGUGUAUCAAAUACGGCAAUGAUACCCUUGCAUAUGAAAGGCGUAGAGCUGUUUUGAUAAUGAAAAAGCAUCUCGUGAAGGAUCUGUAUGAUGAGUGCAGUUACAUCAACGAUCCUUACGAUCUCUGGUCGAGAUUGAACACCAUGUUCUUCGAGCCACUACUAGAUGAGUCCAUGAAAGAAUGGAAGGCUCUGAGGUUCCAGGAUUAUGAAUCCGUGGAUGACUAUCACUUUGAUCUUAUGAGAAUCACCUAUAGUCUUAAACUAUGUGGUGUAGUGAUAACAAACUAUGACUUGUUAAGCAAGACUCGUGACACGAUCCAUUCAAAGGAAGUGUUGUUAUCACAGAAGGCUAAAGGUUUCACAACCUAUUACGACCUUCUCUCAUACCUUUCAGCUCUUGAGGAAAAGAAGCAGAAAAGGAAAGUCAACCUCGACAAACUCGACUAUGUUAUGGAGAUAAGUGCCGAGUAUCAAUGUGAGAUGAUAUACGGUGAUGCUGAAGAAGCUAAGAAAAGAAAAUUCGGGUUGAUGGUUGAAGGUGGCGAUUGA